AGUAUUACUAGGAUGUUUCUUAAGAAGGCUAUAAAUACCCUGCAAAUACCUCUGACUAAUCGAUUUCACUCUUGCAUUCAAGAAAAUCUCUAAAACUAAUCGUCGGAAAUUACAAAAAAGUUAACUGAAGCAAACAGGGAAAAGCUGAGAUUUUGUGAAGGACGCGCAAUUUUGGUGAAGGGAAUCAGUCGAAUAGUUGCACGUCAACUGAAUUUGUUGAAGGAUUCUUUCAUUGUAAAACAAUUGAAGUUGGCAGUGACGAAAGGAGCUUAAGUAAAACCACAUAUGGGAUUUCCCAAUCAAGCUUUUAAUCCGGUGUCUCAACCCUUGGACUGUUCAAGAAAGAGGAAGUCGAGAAGAAGAAGGGGUGGAUCUAGAAGUGUAGAAGAAACACUUGCAAUGUGGAAGGAUUACAAUGAUAAACUAGAUUUUCUGGAUGAUGAAAAUACGCGCAGGCUUAGGGCUCCUGCCAAGGGAUCAAAAAAAGGAUGCAUGAAGGGUAAAGGAGGCCCCGAAAAUGCUCGUUGCAAGUACAGAGGUGUGAGGCAGAGAACAUGGGGUAAAUGGGUUGCCGAAAUUAGGGAACCACACGGGGGAAGUAGGCUGUGGUUAGGUACAUUUAGCAAUGCAAUUAAAGCUGCUUUUGCUUAUGAUGAAGCAGCAAAGGCGAUGUAUGGAAAUCAUGCUCGGCUAAAUUUUCCAAUUUACAGUUCAUCGAGAGGCAAAGAGUUAUCUUCAAUGCCAUCUAUAUCUACAUCUGACUCCAUGGAAUCCUGUCUCGCUGAGGUUUGCCUCCGGGAUGAUGUCACAGUGAAGGCCGAUGCUUCCAAGAUAAAGCAGGAGGAUGGUAAAGGUGAGCCAUGGACUGACGAUAGUAGGUCUCUUGUGCCGCACAAGGCGGGUGACCCUAUGAGCACUGUGAAGGAGCAAGUAAAGAAAGGACCCGUGAAGAACUCCACAAACAACACACAAGUUGGUAGGUUCGAUAUAAAGGACGAGCCUACUAUUGUUAAUGGCCUGGGAUCUCAGGCUGGACAACAUCAAUUAGAGAACUUUUCAUUUGACGAGAUGUUUGAUGCAGACGAGUUACUGGGUGCUUUGGAUUACGUUCCUCGUGUUUCAGGGCCUCAAAAUGGAGUGAGUUCAUAUACUAAUGAAGCAGGACUGGGUGCCUACAGCAAUUUACAACAUCCAGACUUCGCAUACCAAUUAAAGAACUCGGACCCGAAGUUUCUUGGCAGUUCGCCUCCUGUGGAGCAGGAACCUUUAGAAGUUGAUUAUGGAUUUGAUUUCUUGAAACCUGGGAGACAGGAAGAUUUUAAUUUCACAUUGGAUGAUUUGUUCCUCGAACUAGAUCCCUACUUACCUCUAUAAUGUGCUGGCGAUGGUGCAGGAUUAUCAAUCGCGUUUUCUUGCACACGCUUGCUGAUAUGUAGCUUUGUUUUGUGGCUUUCAUUAACUCUUGAAUAUAGGAACAGUAGUCGACAUGGGAAUGUUCUUUUUGUGCCAAUUCCCUUGUCUUCUCUGCUAAAAGAUCCAAGGUUUUAGAUUGGAUGAGUAUACUGACUGUUGUCUAGAAUUAGUAUUUCAUUCUAGUUAUAACCAUCUUUCUGUACAGACAAAAUUAUCCAUUGAAAAUAUAAUAAAAUUUUUUUUUCA